ACCCAGUUUCCCCCCGCCCCGUCAGAGCGGCAGCCUCACUGGACCUGUGUGUCGGAUCAAGUGUGUGAAGAAACCAGCAGCUUGUCAUCAUCGUUUAGAGUCGCAGUCUUUGGUUUUCACUCACGGAUACUCGUUGUUUCUCACAGUCAGUAUACUGAUCUGUGCGCAAACGUAGCAACCCGCUUGGAUACCUGUCGCCAUGGGAGGAAGACGCAGAGGCGCACAUGACGAAAACUACUCCUUUGUCAGUCCAGUCGUCAAGUACCUACUGUUCUUGUUCAAUUUAAUAUUCUGGGUAAUCUCCCUGGUGAUGGUAGCUAUCGGCGUGUACGCCCGCAUGAUGAAACAUGCAGAGGCCGCUCUGCGGUGUCUGUCGGUGGACCCCGCUGUAAUGCUGCUGGUGGUGGGGGUCCUCAUGUUCAUCCUCACCUUCUGUGGCUGUGUGGGCUCGCUGCGAGAAAACAUCUGCCUCCUGCAGACGUUCUGCAUCUGUCUGACGGUGAUCUUCCUGCUGCAGCUGGUUGCCGGGGUCCUGGGCUUCGUCUUCGCCGAUAAGGCUCGGAAUAGAGUGACUGUGAUGAUCAACGAUGCCAUGGUCCACUACAGAGACGACAUUGACCUGCAGAACCUCAUAGACUUUGGUCAGAAAGAGUUUGGCUGCUGUGGGGGCGUGACGUACAGCGACUGGUCCCAGAACAUCUACUUCAGCUGCGAGCCGGACAACCGCAGCAGAGAGCGCUGCUCCGUGCCCUUCUCCUGCUGCGUCCUCAACAAGGACGAGAACGUGAUCAACACCAUGUGUGGCCAAGGCAUGCAAGAGAUGGAGUACACUGAGGCUGGAAACCAUAUCCACGUCAACGGCUGCAUUGACAAACUGGUGGACUGGAUCCACAGCAACCUGUUCCUCCUGGGAGGGGUCGCCCUGGGACUGGCCAUUCCACAGCUGGUCGGCAUCCUCCUGUCUCAGAUUCUGAUCAGCCAGAUCAAAGACCAGAUCGAGCUGCAGAACUACAACCUGAAGCACCGCUCCGACCCGUGGAGAUGACCCAGACUGGAUCAGUCCAGAUUCUGGUGAUCGGCACCAGAACCACCUGAAACCCUUUUUUUCCGUGGCAGCUUGGAUUAUGCAUCCAGUAUCAUUGCUUUAACUUAAAAACAUGUGACUAAUAUUGAGCCAGCAUGUGGACAAGCCAUUACUAUUGGCCAGGAUGUGGAGGUUAGUACACACAGAGGAGACGAAAGGAGAAACUGGACUCUGCCGCCACCUGCUGGACACAAACCAAGCUGGAAUUUAGCAAACUUUUUGAUGGCACCAAACAGAGGCAGGGGGAGUAUUUGGUGAUCAGGGUCUUGUUGACAGGAUUAUUUUAAACCUGAGAACGGCACUCAGUAUAAUAUUUCACUUUUUAUCAGUGGGAGUUAAUUGUUAUUGUCUUUGUUGUUGAAUCCACUGCGAAUGCUAACUGACUGAAAAGGGAAUCACAUUUUUCCACAUAUUGAUUUUGUAUAUUUUUUCUAAAUCUGUGUCAUGCAUCAGAUAUUUGGUCCAGGUUGUUUUAAUGAAUGUUGCUUUGUAGUUGAAAUAUCUGUGAAGAGAACAAAGCUUCGCCUCCUUACAAUACUUUCACAAGCUUAUGUGUUAAACAGCGUGUCUCAAAGUGCCUUUUACCCAUGAUACCAAAUCACACUUUUUUACUUAACAUACAAAAUAUUUUUAUUUGGUCAUUUAAUGUAACAGUAAUGUUUGCAUCAAAGGUCUGACGCUUCAUAAUAAAGUGGCCAUGUUAGGUUGUCCUGCAGAGACCCUACUCUUCACAUGAUUUCAUUUCCUUCUCACGUUUAGCCAGCUGCAGAGCCACUGGAUUUCAUCUCAACAUGCUGCCAUUAUAAGAACAUAUCUGCCAAAUAACAGGCUUUUAACAAAGUUCAUAUUCUGUUCAUAAGGCAUCAUUUCAAUCCUGUUCUGAUCUAUUGCUUUUUCUUUUCCUUUUUGAAUAAUUGUCAAUGAAAAUACAAAAGUAAAUGGGAAUUCCCAUUUCCCCACUAAAGAAAACAGUUGUAAAUGCCUCCAGUGUUGCUGUGUUGGUGUGGUCACUAGAAAAUGCCAAAUUUGUGUUUUCUGACCAAUCAGUGAGCAGAGCAUGGUUGAGGUUCUCUUUGUGUCUGUGGAAAUCAUACACAGCGGUUUAUAUCAGUUUGUAUUCUCUUGUUAUGAUGUGAUACCCAUGUGAUAGUUCUUUACAAGUAAGAGCUGUCCUUUAACUGAAGACAUUUCACUUCGUCCACCAGGGAAGCUCCAGCUAAAGGUUUCAUGUAUCUGUGAAGAAGCAACACACCCUCUCAUCUCCGUCUCUGCCUGGCAAAUGAAAUCCUGAGUUGCGAGGCAUUCCCAGCUUGAAACCUGACGCCUGUAAUCUUUGGGAGCAGAAACAGUCCUGCAUGUUUUACAGCCUUUGACGCAAGUCCACAAUCUAAACAUGACAUUUCUGUGUUAGUUUAAAGCUGCAGUAACUCUCCGUGCUGUGACUCACCCUGAGGCCCGAGACACACUCUGCUGUACCUCUGAUGCUGCUGAGGAGUACAACUACAUUUCGUGUGACACUUUAGAUAGAAGUUUGUAACGUUACAGCAGUUUAUGAAUGUAGCAGUCUCUUACAAUAAUGUUUUGGUGUGGGUGUGUGUGUGGGGGGGGGUGUGAGUGAGAGAGAGAGAGUGUGUGUGUUGGCUCGGCCCGCACUCUGUGUGUGGUCCCUGGUUUCUGCCUCUGACUCACUCAGGCAGCCAUGUUGCUGUGGUCUUCAUGGAGGCCCAGACACACACACACACACACACACACACACACACACACACACACACACACACACACACACACAGAGAGGAGGGAGCAGAGUUAACCCAGUUUUACUCACAGAACACCAGGAGAGAAACAAAGCAUCUGCAGGCAUGCAAAUACCACAAGUGCACUGUCCAAUUAAUGCGCUAACCCCAGAGCAGCACCAUGCUGGAGAUUAACGAGCUGCUUUUAGUCGUAUAAUAAAAAAAUGGCAUAUUUAAACAUAUGUACAAAUUACAUUCAUUAAAGCACCUGAAAUUAAUAAUGUGA